AUGCCACCACACGCUACCUGCUCUCCUGAAGUGAUUGCUUCUCCAAAUGCAUUUGAUACCUCGGUGGAUGUGUCGGUGCCGGUCAACGUAGCCAACAAGAGCUACGCGUAUGUGACUCUUCUCACCAGAGACCCCUACCUUCCUGGAGUGGUGGCUUUACUUCACUCCUUGAAGAAGACCAAAGCCAAGUACCCGGUUCUCUGUGUUGUGGGAGCAGACGUAAGCAAGGAGGCCAGAGCAGAGAUCGAGAUGUUCGGAGGAAUCGUGCGAGAGUUUGACAAAUUCCUGCCGUUUCCUGAAGGGACUUCAAACAGCUACGCCAAUCCGCUGUGGAUAGACUGUUGGAUGAAACUGCAUCUUUGGGAGCUUACCGAGUACCGCAAGAUGGUUUAUCUAGACGCAGAUAUGGUGGUCAGAAGAAACAUCGAUCACUUGUUCGAGCAUCCCCAAGAAUUCCUGGCAGCUCAAGAUUGUUACAACGGAGGGGACCCCGAAGAUAAAGCGAGGGGACACUACCACGACCCUGAGAAAUGUUUCUAUUCAAGCUCGUGCCCCUCCAAGAUCAAGCCAUACUUCAAUGCUGGAUUCUUCGUCUUCACCCCCUCGCACGAAACUGCCAAUGACAUGAAGCAGAAGUCUCGCUCGAUGGAUGUUACGCAGCUUACCUUCGCUGAGCAAGACUUCAUGAACGAAUACUUCAAGGGGAAAUGGGAGGGCCACGUGCUGCCUUAUACAUACAACUGCAUCAAGUGGUUCGGGAAGUAUCACAAAAAUAGCCCUUACCACAAAGACGAGGUGCACAUCCUGCAUUAUGUCACGGAGAAGCCAUGGAAUGUGGGGCAUGUGGAUCUGCAAGAUCCCGACAACUUCGAUCAUCUAGAUCACAUCUAUGACCAGUACGAUGAUUGGAUUGAACUAUGGGAGGAAGCCAUGAAGUUCCGAGCAAGCGCUAGUGGAGCCAAUAACUGGAAGCACAUCAGCAAGGCUUCUGCUGGCAGUGUCACCAUGUUCGGCAAGGAAGAUUCAUUCAUAGUGGCCAAGCUGUGUGAGGACAGCACGAUCGAGUGGUGUUACAGGACUAUGGACGAACUCAAGCCUGUCCGUGAAAAAAACCGACAAGAGAAGUUGAAGUUGAAAGAGCAGGCUUGCAACAAUCAAACGAUUGUAGAUGCCACAAAAGAAAACUGCAAGGGUCGAAACACAGAUCAGGUCGGAACGGUUCGGACGAGAAUUCCGGUUUGCAACUAA